AUGGCCGAGGAAAAGAUGACUGUCAAUGUUCCAGCUGAUGCUCCAGAAGAGGGACGUGUCUUCGUCAUUGAAUCGAAUCGUCGCGAUGAAAUGAUCAAGUUGGCUCUUCUCAUCAUUCUCAUCAUCAUCUUCCCACCAGCAGCCGUCGCCGUCCAUGCAAACGAAUGCAAUAUGCACGUUUUCAUCUCUCUGAUCCUCGUCUUCUUCUUCAUGAUUCCAUCAUACAUCCACGCCAUCUGGUACUGCUUCUUCCGCAAGCCAACUCAAAUGACAAUUGCUUAA